UUUUAGUUCUAAAAGAGUUCUCACUUUUCGUUUGAGAAACUAUAGAAUAAAAAUUGAAUAUUUUAAAUAAGUGUUUUAUUCUCAGUUAUCUCACAAAUUAGAAAUACUAUUUUAAACCUGUAAAAAUAGACUGUGUACUAAAUACUGAAUAAUUUCGACUGAGUUGAAAUAUUAAGACGACUUUUAUUUAAGGAAAAACAACACGUUCAUCGAUAUGUUGAAUUAUCUGACAAUUCGCUCAAAGCUGUCAAUUGUCAAAAUUGACAAGAAAAAGAUUGUUUACAUACAUUUGGGAUUGUGAAUUUAGCCAGUAAAAUACAAGAAAUUUACGGUGCUUAACAAUGAAUUCGGUUCAUUAUAAUAUAGAAGACUACAGAGUAAUUACGGCCCCAGAGACCGCGUAUUACAUAUCUGAAUUCAUAUCAGAAGCUGAAGAAAAGGCAAUUUUAUCAAAUAUUUACGCGUCACCGAAGCCAAAAUGGACACAACUUUCAAAUAGACGAUUGCAAAACUGGGGCGGAAUACCUCACGCCAACGGCAUGAUAGCGGAGACAAUACCGCACUGGCUUGAUAAAUACCUUGAGAAAAUUCAUAGGUUGAACGUUAUGGAUGGUAAAAGGCCAAACCAUGUCUUAGUAAAUGAGUAUCUGCCUGGGCAAGGCAUCAUGCCACAUGUGGACGGAUCUUUAUUUUAUCCUACUAUUACUACAAUAUCAGCAGGCUCCCACAUUGUGUUGAAUUUCCUUGAACCAGCUGAUGAUAACACUAUAAACAGAACUCCAGUGUUCUCAUUUUUAUUGGAACCAAGAAGUUUGUUAAUAUUGCAGGACAGAUUAUACACACAUUAUUUGCACUGCAUUGAGGAGUUGAAAGAGGACUUGUUGGAUGGGUCAAUUGUCAACAUAAAUAUGUGUUCUGACAAAUAUGUUAGAAAUGCAACUGUGAUUAGAGACACAAGGAUAUCACUUACUAUAAGACAUGUACCAAAAACAAGUUCUUUUAAAAUUCAUCUCGGGAAUAGAAGAUAGAUGUUUUUUAUUUAGAUUAAAUAAAAAA